AUGUCUUCGAGUGAAUCCGAGGAGUUUUUCGGCUACUCCGCAAGCCCUGGACCAAGCUCGAAAGCAGCGGAAACGAAGGAUUUCAAAUUCAUCCGAACGGCACGUGGUAAAGAAAAACUGCUCUACCAAGGAUAUUUUUACCACUUGAAUAAAAAGAGUGAAGGUGUAACCUAUUGGGACUGUGAAUUCCGGAGAACCCCGACAGCAGCAGGACCAUGCAAAGGACGUGCCAUGCUCAGAGCUGACAAACUUAGCGUGAAAGGCACUCACAACCAUGAGCCAAACGCUCUGAAGGCAGAAGUCUCGGAGUUUCGGUCUAAGCUACACACAAGAGCAGCUGAGAGCAACGAAAAGCCGGAAAAGGUUAUCCGAGCAGUAUCCGCAGGAACAUCAGCAGAGCUUCCAUGA